GGGCGGAUCAGCGGCGGCGCGUCGCUGCGCGGCACGUGUGAGAGCUCGGCCGCCGGGGAGUCCACCCGCGCGCCCCGUACCCCGGGGGCUGAAGGUGCUGACCGCGCUGCCUAUGCCUGGGCGCCCUCGCAGCUGGCUCUUCCGAGUGGCCUUCGCCGCCGCCGCCCUCCUGCGCCCGGAGCAGCGCGUCCGCGCCCUCGCUGCCCGGCCCGUGCCGCGCCCGCGCUCUCAGGCCCCGGGUUCUCUUAAAUGUUUUCUUGGAGCUUUAAAAAUGGAGCUGACAGAAGUGACUGGUGUGUCGCUGAAACGUGGGUCUCAUGCUGUCGAAGAUAAUGACAGUGUGGCCCCAGCUGAGGAGGCAAAAAGACAGAAGGUCUUGGACGGCUGUCUGACCACAGGUCAGGAUGGGCUGGAGCAUGUCUCUCCGCCCGGCAGUGUGCAUGUGCCUGGGCCACCCGCAGCUGUAAGUGCCAGAGAGGGUAGAAAGAAUUCUGAUGUGCAGUUGGAAGAAGAGGAAGAGGAGGAAGAAGAUGGCCUUUCGGAGGAGGGUGAGGAGGAGGAGGAAGCUGAGAGUUUUGCAGACAUGAUGAAGCACGGCCUCACUGAACUUGACGUUGGCAUCACCAAGUUUGUAAGUUCUCAUCAGGGAUUCUCAGGCAUCUUGAAAGAAAGUUUGUGUUCCCUUUUCAUCAGAUACUCCGACUUCGUUGUUCACGAAAUAGGAAAAGAUGGACAGAUCAGCCAUUUGGAUGACUUGUCUGUCCCGGUGGAUGAAGAGGAUCCUUCAGAAGAUAUAUUUACGGUUUUGACAGCUGAAGAAAAGCAGCGUUUAGAAGAGCUCCAGCUUUUUAAGAAUAAGGAAACCAGUGUUGCCAUCGAGGUUAUUGAGGACACCAAAGAGAAAAGAACCGUCAUCCAUCAAGCGAUUAAAUCUCUGUUUCCAGGAUUAGAGACAAAAACAGAGGACAGAGAGGGGAAGAAAUAUAUUGUAGCCUACCAUGCAGCUGGGAAAAAGGCUCUGGCAAAUCCAAGAAAACAUUCUUGGCCAAAAUCUAGAGGAAGUUACUGCCACUUUGUACUGUACAAGGAAAACAAAGACACCAUGGAUGCUAUUAAUGUGCUGUCCAAAUAUUUACGAGUCAAACCAAACAUAUUCUCCUACAUGGGAACCAAAGAUAAAAGGGCCAUAACCGUUCAAGAGAUUGCUGUUCUCAAAAUAACCGCUCAAAGACUUGCCCACUUGAACAAGUGCUUGAUGAACUUUAAACUGGGGAAUUUCAGCUAUCAGAAAAACCCUCUGAAACUGGGAGAGCUUCAAGGGAAUCACUUCACUGUUGUCCUCAGAAAUAUAACAGGAACUGAUGACCAAGUUCAGCAAGCUAUGCACUCUCUCAAGGAGAUCGGAUUUAUUAACUACUAUGGAAUGCAAAGAUUUGGAACUACCGCUGUCCCCACAUACCAGGUUGGAAGAGCUAUCCUACAGAAUUCCUGGACUGAAGUCAUGGAUUUAAUAUUGAAACCCCGUUCUGGAGCCGAAAAGGGCUACUUGGUUAAGUGCAGGGAAGAGUGGGCGAAGACCAAAGACCCAGCUGCUGCCCUCAGAAAACUUCCUGUCAAAAGGUGUGUGGAAGGGCAGCUGCUUCGAGGACUUUCCAAAUAUGGAAUGAAGAAUAUAGUCUCUGCAUUUGGCAUAAUACCAAGAAAUAAUCGCUUAAUGUAUAUUCAUAGCUACCAAAGCUAUGUAUGGAAUAACAUGGUAAGCAAGAGAAUAGAAGAGUACGGACUGAAGCCCGUUCCAGGUGACCUUGUUCUCAAAGGAGCUACAGCUACCUACAUUGAUGAAGAAGAUGUUAAUAAUUACUCCAUCCAUGAUGUGGUAAUGCCCUUGCCGGGUUUCGAUGUUAUCUACCCAAAGCAUAAAAUCAGUGAAGCCUACAGGGAAAUGCUCACAGCAGACAAUCUGGAUAUUGAUAACAUGAGACACAAAAUUCGAGAUUAUUCCUUAUCAGGAGCCUACCGAAAGAUCAUUAUUCGUCCUCAGAAUGUCAGUUGGGAAGUCGUUGCAUACGAUGAUCCUAAAAUUCCACUCUUCAACACAGAUGUGGACAACCUGGAAGGGAAACCGCCACCGGUGUUUGCUUCUGAAGGCAAAUACAGAGCUCUGAAGAUGGAUUUUUCUCUCCCUCCUUCUACCUACGCUACCAUGGCCAUUCGCGAAGUGCUAAAAGUGGAUACCAGCAUCAAGAACCAGACCCAGCUGAAUACCACCUGGCUCCGCUGAGCCCUUUUCCCCAGAUGAUAAGAUGCACCCAGUGUCCGCCCGCUUCCUGUUCAGACCCAUAGGUGUACUUUAGAUCCUUGUAGUUCAAGAUUAUUUGUAUUUUUUCAGGUUUUUAUUAGCUUAAUUUGCAAUAUUUGUACACAUAUACAAAUCCUGAGGAUCCUAAUUCUAGCUCAGAGGAUAUAAAUUGAUCAGAAUAUAUUUCAGGUGCUUAAGUCAUAGUAAAGUGUCAGCUUUCCUGGCUUUAUCAUAAUUUAAAAGGACUUUGGUUUAAAGUUGCAGUUUUAGGUUUUGCUACAUUCUUAAAGGACAACAUGAAUUUUUAAUGUAUCCAUGAAUGGAGUAUGCAAGGGUGCAUUUUAAGAGAAAAUGCAACAAAAUAAAUCUUGACUAUGAAUAAAUAGAAUACCCCACCCCUAGCUAUUAAUACAAGUACAGGACUCAUGCUUACUUAAAUGAUGAUAAAACAUCUAAGGUUUAUAAACACAAAAGUGAUGUGUCAUCAUCUAACUCUUAUACCAGGUUUAGGUAAGUGUUGAUAGAUCUUUUAGUUGCAAUAGCUUUGCAUUUAUAUUCUCAUUGCCUUGCAGGACAGUUGCAUUGAUAGGACCUUUUUUUCUCGAUGUAAACGCGUGCAGCUAUUUUUAUCAGUCAAGGUCUGAUUUUUACUCUAGGUGCCUUUUAUGUUCAGAACUCCUUCCACUGGACUGGUUAUUUGCCCCGAGAUGAAUGACAGCAGAGAAGAAAACUUUAAACCUUUCCAAGGGCUCCUCCAAUCAGCAGCAUCAGCCUUCGUCACCUUCAGUGUAGGUGUUUCCGUUUCGGGCCCUUGUGUAAAACUUGUCUCUGGCGUGGAAGGUUAAAUAGGCCUUUCCAAGUGUGUGUGUGACGUAAGUGCUCCGAUUUUUAUUUUCUACCAUUUCUAAAACAAAAUACAAUAAAUAUUUUUUAAAACUC